AUGGAAUUAGACAAACAAGCUCAAUCAUAUCCAUUAACGACAUUAUCUUUGGAUCAACUUGAUCAAUAUCUUAAACAAUUUGUUGAUUGUCAACGAAAAUAUUUAUCGAUGAGGAAUAAUAAACACUUACAAAAAUUUAGAGAUGAAUUUCAUGAAAAGCUAUUGCUUGAAACUAUCUCUACAUUUCGUCUUAAUAUCAUAAAUCUAAAUCAAUAUAUUAAUCGAUUGAAGAGCAUACGAGAAAAACAAGCGACAAUUUACGAACAUCUUUUAAUGUUAGAAAUGCGAGUUUCAUGCAAACUUUUACCGAAAAAUUUCGAUCAACUAGAAGAUUUCAUUGCAUCUAUCGCCUAUUUACCACUGAACAAUGAUCAAAAGAUGAUUGAAGUUAGAAAUAAACGUUAUAAAACUAUUCAAGAGGCAAAACGUAUAUGGUUGAAUAUUUUUCUAAAUGCAUAUGAAAUUCAAUUACAAGAAUAUGAUCAAGAAUAUGAAUAUGAAUUUUUACAAUUGGAAUCACAUUUACUCAACAGUAUCAAUAUUACUAUGAAAAUGCGAUCAUUAAGAGGAAUCUUAAUUAAAAAUCGUCAACGUUCAUCAUCUACCAAAAAAACUGUCGGCGUUUGGCCUGAACCAUAUCUUGAUUUACUUACUAACAUAUUCAAUCGAUACGAAUGGAAUUAUCUUUCAUUUGAUUCAAUUCAACGUAAAAUUAAAAAACAUAAUUUAAUUCUUCGUGUUACUGAUAAAGGUUAUAAUUUUUAUAUUGGUGCAGAUGACAUACCAGUUCGACCAAUUGAAAAUACUAUUCCUGCUCCAACAACAAAUAUAUCAAAUUAUUUAGAUGACAUUAUCCGACCUAUAUUUGACAAGGAAUGUCAAAGUACAACUAUAAUCGAUGGUGCUUCAUUAAUUCAAGCACUUCAUCAAUAUAUAAGAAAAGGUCUUUUUAAGUCAUCGACGCUAUUUUGUACUUUUGAUAUUCAUAAUUUAUAUACCAUGUUACUACAAGAAGAAGUCUUAAAUAUUCUUGUCGAGUUUCUUCAUGUCCAUGGUUAUACAAAAGUCAAAGGAAUUCAUCUAGAAACAAUAAAACUAUUAGCCUCAAUUGUAUUGAAAGAGAACGUGUUUGUCUAUGGUAAAAAGAUUUAUCGACAAGUUCUUGGCGGUGCAAUGGGUUCAUCAUUUGCAUUGACACUAGCAAACAUAUUUAUGUGGAAAUGGCAAAAAGAACUUGUUCAUCGACAAGAUAUGACAGGUGAAUUUUAUGGACGAUAUAUUGAUGAUAUUUUUAUGACAUGGAAUAAAUCAAAAAAUGAAUUGAAGAAGAUAUUAGAAAAUGCAAAUACUUGGCAUCCAAACAUAAAAUUAGACUAA